CAUUUGUGGAGCUGCGUGUCUUUUCACCCGCCUCCACCAGGCCACCCCCCGCCAUUACGAAAUAAAAGGGCGCCACUGCCGGCCAUGCCAUUAGGGCUACUAACACAAUACUAAUCGUGGAGCAGCGCAGUCGGAGUCGGUCGCAUCGUCCUGAUAAAGUGCCUUCGAUCCAUCCACAAGCCGUUGCCGCUCGCCCCUACCUUUUUUUUUGCCUGCAAAGUUUUAGCUUUCGAAAGGGAUUAUAGAAUGUAGAAGAAGAGGGCCGGCGGGACCGGGAGCUACAAGGGCUACUAGUAGUGUCUAGAUAAUACACUUGCACCUCCAAUGGACUUCACACUUCGAUCAGUGUCGCCAACAAGUAGCUAGACGAUGAGCAGAGGAGCUGAGAAGAAGAAUUGGCCGCCGUCUCGGUCUUCUUCCUCCUCCUCUUCUUCACCGACGUCGUCGUGGGUCGCCAGCAGGUCCAUGGCGGGGUUCUACCGCUACCCGUCCUCCACUCGCACCUCCGGCAAGGACAGAACCCAGCCGCCGCCAGCACCAGCUGCACCGACACAACAACAAGGCGACAAGAGCAGCAGCAAGAAGAAGAGGAGGAGUAUCAGCAUCGGCCGGAGCAUCACGUGCGCGGGCUCCAUCUGCAGUACCAAGGAGAGCUCGGUCAUGAGCCGGGACCGCCGCGGCGCCUCCAGCAGGUCGCUCAGGGCACCCUACGUCGACGUCGACGUCAACGACGCCUCUGCCGCCGCCAUCUCCGCCACGUCGUCCUUCAACUCGGAGACCACCGUGGCGUCGACGACCACCGUCACGUCCUCGUCCUCGUCCUCGUCCGUCGGGACCUCCUUCAGGGGCGUGCACAUCAGGAAGCUCUCCGGCUGCUACGAGUGCCACUCCGUCUUCGACCCCAGGAGCUUCGGCGCCGCCGCCUUCCCCUGCGCGGACUGCGACGAGGUGUUCGCCAAGGCAGAGUCGCUAGAGCUCCACAGAGCAACCAGGCAUGCAGUUUGGGAGCUGGGCCCCGAGGACACGAGCAGGAACAUCGUGGAGAUCAUCUUCCAGUCCAGCUGGCCGGCCGGGAAGCAGCAGCAGGCGCCGGUCUGCAAGAUCGAGCGGGUACUCAAGGUGCAGAGCAGCGACAGGACCCUGGAGAGGUUCGAGCAGUACAAGGAGAGCGUCAGGGAGAGGGCGAGCAGCGACCGGGGCAGGAAGAACAACCCUCGGUGCGUCGCCGACGGCAACGAGCUCCUCAGGUUCCACUGCACCACCUUCACCUGCUCCCUCGGCCUCGCCGGCAGCACCGCGCUGUGCCGGGCGCCGCCGUGCAAGCUGUGCGCCAUCGUCAGGGACGGUUUCAGGGUCGACGACGACGGUAAGAUUGCGACGAUGGGCACCAGCGGGCGCGCCCACGACAUGGCGCAGGCGGUGCUGUCGGAGUCGGACGGUGACAAGAGAGCAAUGCUCGUGUGCAGGGUCGUCGCGGGGAGGGUGAAGAAGAAGGCCAGCGAUGAGAAGAAGCCUUCAGAGGACUCUGGCUUUGACUCUGUCAGCCCCAGCACAGAAGGCGUCUGCUCGGAUUUGGAUCAACUCUUUGUCUUCAAUCAGAGAGCUAUACUGCCCUGCUUUGUAGUCAUAUACAGUGGCUAUUAGGGUUGUAGGGACCUAAGUUAUAGCUUAUUAGCUAGUUUUGUUUCCUUUCACUGUCACCUGCUCCUUUAAUCCAGUUCUCCUUUUUUUU